AUCCUAAUUCACCAAGGUUUUCACUGCAUGACAGACUGGUGUGUGCACAGCCAUUGUGAAGAUUUUCUUCUUCUUGCUGAGGAAAUAAUGGCUACCACUGAACCUUUUAUGGUCACAGACAAUAACUCAAACUAUUAUUCCAAUGACUAUGAAAAUGAGCUGUGUGACAAAUCAAGUGUCACAAAGUUUGGAGGCAACUUCACCGUGGUUUUCUAUUCCAUCGUGGUGAUCCUCAGCGUGUUCGGCAACAGCCUCAUCAUUGGGAUUCUGGCUAAGUUUGAGAAUCUCAAGUCUCUCACCAAUGCUUUCAUCCUGAACCUAGCUGUAUCAGAUCUUUUCUUCACCACGGGUCUACCCUUCUGGGCCUACUACCACAUACACGGCUGGACUUUAGGAGAACCUGCAUGCAAAAUAGUCAGCUUUGUGUUCUACGUUGGUUUCUACAGCAGUGGCGUCCUCCUCAUCCUGAUGACUGCUCAGCGCUACGUGGCCGUCAUGUAUCCUCUGUCUGACAUUAUGUCAACCACAAGCUUCUACGGUGUCUUGGCGUCUGUGAUCAUUUGGGCCGUGAGUAUCUUGAUAGCCAGUCCAGCCUUCAUGUUCACCAAAGUCACAGACCACACAUACUGUGGCUAUGCAAAGUCAUACUGGAGCUUGUGGGGGAUCUACCAGCAAAAUGGUCUCUUUGCAGUCAGUUCAGUGGUAUUCAUUUUUUGCUAUUCCCAGAUUAUUUGCAGAUUGUUGCGUCCUAAUGCCCAAAGGAAGAAAAAGAACAAAACUUUGAAACUCAUUUUUAUUCUCUUGGUAGUUUUCUUUGUGGGAUGGGCACCAUACAACGUCGUGAUAUUUCUACAGUCAAUGCAUUACUGGCACCAAGAGGAAGUCGAUUCAAAGGAUUUGGUCGCAAUUUGUGAAACACGUAAACCUCUGGAAUAUGCUUUUUACAUAAGCCGGAAUGUUGCUGUCUGUCACUGCUGCCUCAACCCAGUGUUUUAUGUGUUUGUGGGGGUUAAAUUUAAAAACCACCUGAAGAAAAUUCUCAAGAGCUGGGGCCACAACAACAGCAGCAGCAGCAGCAUCCGCAACUUACCCAGUCGACUUACAAUCAUAUCGGUAACAAGUGGGGAGGAGUUUUCUAUGUAGCCGAUGUCUCUCUUAAAGAGCCAAUUCAAAAUGAUAUGUGUAUAACAUACAAAUAAUUGAAAUCCACACAUGUUACGGGCACAUGCAUGGUUAAUUUUCUGUAACUUUAAUUUAAAGCGCAGCCUAAGAAUUGCCUCACAGAGCAACUAAUGUGGUUGCAUUAUUAUUAU